AUGGAGGCAUCGGCUCCAACUACAUCCCUUCCAGAACCAUCCUCUCUUGUAGAAGAGACGAUGAGUCCAACGACUCCAACUGUAGAAUGUGUCAGUCUCGAUUUAUGGGAGUUCAUUAUAAAACGAAAUCAAAUCGCCGAGCUGGAAAUUCCGAGUCCAAUGUUGGAUCGUUUGGAAUUCAAGUAUAGAAUCCAGGGACUCAAGCCAGAUGCCACUUAUACGAUUUCGUUGUUGCUCUACAAAGGAAAGAACUUAUGGUACAGGAACAAAACGGGUGGAUUCAAGGAAGAAAAACCACGAAACGGACACACCGAGACUCCGCCUUUCCCACCAUCCGUCGUCCAUCAUCUGAAUGGUCGAAUGAAGGGAAGCGAAUGGAUGAGGAAUAUUGUUGCAUUUGAUAACAUCUUUUUUGGAAACGACGAGGUACACAUGGAACCGACCGAAUCACAAAAUCCCAAAUAUGCGAUCACACUCACUGCUCGACACGUCUAUAAAGUAUCGAUUCGAAUCAAUUGUAUCGACGAUCGAUCGGAAAUCGAAUUUCCAAUUUCAAGACAAAAGUUUAUGACUGUCCGGGAUCCACCAGAACCUGUAGCUGAGCAAACACAGCUGGAAGUGGAUGUACACAACACCUCAGGACCGGGUCCAUCCGCAUUCAAGCCAUUUCCAGAAGCUCAGAAGGAAAGAGAAGAGAAGGAAAAACUGAAAAAGGAGCAGGGGGAGGAGGGAGCCAAAAAGAAAGAAAAUGAGCAAUAA